AUGAACGGACACGCACAACCCAAUAGACGGAAAAACCAGCGUAGUUACUCCGGUAUGACUUUUUUAUUUUAAUUUAAAACAUAUAAUUUUCCCAUUUCUCUCUGUCUCCCUGCACUCUCAACGGAAAUGGAUUGGGUGAAUGAAGAAAGAAGGAGAAGCCAAGAUCCCAUUUUUCAUAGAUUUCUUGCUUCAUUCCUUCUCCUAGCAACGCAAAUCGCUGCCGCCGCAGCUUCUUCUUCAGGGUCGAGCUUCGUCUUCAACGGCUUCCGCGGCGCUAGCCUCAGCCUCAACGGCGGGGGCACGAUCGAAUCCAAUGGUCUCCUCCGCCUCACCAACUUCACAAAAAAUGAGGUCGGCCACGCCUUCUUCCCGAACCCCUUCGUCUUCCUUAACUCAUCCUCCAGCGAACUGCUCUCUUUCUCCACCUCUUUUGUUUUUGCCAUCUUUCCCGGGUACGAGGACAUCAGUUCCCAUGGCAUCGCGUUUGCGAUCACCCCUUCCAACAAACUCACCGACGUCCUCCCAAGCCAGCACCUUGGCCUCUUCAACUUCACCAAUAACGGCGAUCCGAGCAACCAUAUCGUCGCCGUGGAGCUCGACACCAUCCAAAACAGGGAGUUUGAGGACAUCAACGACAACCACGUCGGCAUCGACGUCAAUAGCCUGACAUCCAUCUCCUCCGCCCCUGCCUCUUUUUAUCUCGACUCGUCUGGUCUCCAGUACGAAAAUCUGAGCUUGAUAAACGGCGAGCCGAUGCGUGUUUGGGUGGACUAUGAUGGCAAGGGUAUGGUCCUCAAUGUCACUUUAGCUCCUAUGAUUAAUCCAAAACCAGAACGUCCUCUCUUGUCAUCAAAGGUCAACCUUUCAUCCGUCGUUCUCAAUAACAUGUAUGUCGGAUUCGCCGCUGCUACCGGAGCGGCUGCCGGUUCUCAUUACGUUCUGGGAUGGAGCUUCAGCGUGAACGGAAAGGCAGAAGAGCUUAACCUCUCUCAACUUCCAUCUCUUCCUACAAAAGAAGCAGAGGACACUACCACAGAGAAAAAAACCACCCAACUGUGGAUCAUUCUGCUACCGAUAGUCAUCUUCAUUGUUCUCUUCAUUGCAUCAAUUGGGAUCGUGCAUCUCAUUAAAACCAAGAAGAAGUUUGCAGAAGUGGUGGAGGAUUGGGAAACUGAAUAUGGGCCUCAUAGAUUCUCAUACAAAGAUCUCUACCGAGCCACCGAGGGGUUCAGCGACGAGAACCUCUUGGGCAACGGGGGAUUCGGUGGUGUCUAUAAAGGGCGGCUACCAAAAUCCAAACUUGAGAUCGCGGUGAAGAGAAUCUCCCACGAUUCGAGGCAGGGGAUGAAGGAGUUCGUUGCAGAGAUUGCGAGCAUCGGCAGGCUUCGACACCGAAACCUAGUGCAGCUCCUCGGCUAUUGCCGCCGGCGAGGUGAGCUCCUCCUCGUCUAUGAUUACAUGCCCAACAGCAGCUUAGAGAAAUACAUCUUCGACCGACCUGAGAAAACUCUCAACUGGAGCCAGCGAUUUAAAAUCAUCCGCGGCAUCGCCGCUGCGCUUCUCUAUCUUCACGAGGAAUGGGAGCAGGUUGUUAUUCACAGAGACAUCAAAGCAAGCAAUGUCCUCCUCGACGCCGAAUUCAACGGAAAGCUCGGAGAUUUCGGGCUCGCACGUCUACAUGAUCGCGGAAGCAAUUUGCAGACGACAAGAGUGGUCGGAACUUUGGGUUAUCUCGCACCCGAGCUCUCCAGGACGGGGAAAUCGACAACUUCCUCCGACGUGUUUGGUUUCGGAGCAUUUCUUCUUGAGGUUGCGUGCGGCAAACGGCCGAUUGAGCUGAAAACCUCAGGGAUUGAGAUGGUUCUUGUGGAUUGGGUGAUGGACUUUUUGAGGGAAGGUGAGAUUUUGGAAGCGAGGGAUAGGAAGCUAGGGACUGUUUAUUCGGCGGAGGAAAUGGAGCUGGUGUUGAGAUUGGGUUUGAUAUGCUCGCAUCCAGCGCCGUCGGCAAGGCCGUCUAUGAGGCAGGUCGUGCAGGUUUUGGAAGGGGAAGUAGCUCUUCCAGAUAUUUCGGAGGAUGAUUUUUAUGUUUUUGAUUCGAGUUCGAGGAGAAAUAAGAUUUUGAUGGAUGAGAGUUCGUCGAAUAGCUGCACUGCGGCGAGUUAUCCUUCUUUGUCGGAUUUACCAUUGUCUCGAAUAAAUUGAUUUGUUCAUGUUGAUUUGCUUGUAAAGAAAAAAAAAAUUGGUUUUUUGGUAUGUUAAUUGGGAUUUAUUUCUUUUUAGUGUGUUCGAUUGCUUAUAGAUUUUGGCGCUUUUCUCUUUCUCUUUCUUCGAUGGCAAUGCCUUCUUCAGACCUUCGGUUGGAUAUGGAUGAUAUGAUUAGCAGUUUUGGACAGGACUACGG